CCCGGUUUGUUUGCCAAAUUAAACCGGGAUAUUAAAAAACAACUGAUAAAAUAGAACCGACAUUCAUUCUAGAAUCUAGACUCUCGACUCUGCCUCCAUCCGCCGCCUUGAGUUCUAAUCCUUCAUGUCCUCUUGUCUUCUUCCUCCAGAGUGAAAAGCCUCUGACUUUCCUCUCUACCUUCAUCUGGACUUUUGGCUUAGCGUUUGUGUGAUGGAUCGUCUCAGCAGUCUACCAGACGAGCUUCUCUAUCACAUCCUCUCCCUCCUCCCCACAAAGUCCGCCGUUGUGACUUCUUCCCUCUCAAAGAGAUGGCUCAACCUCUGGAAACUCAAUCCCAACCUCGACAUCGACGACUCCGUCUUCAUCCAUCCCCAAGACGGCAAAGGAGAGAGGCAACACAUUCGUCAGAGCUUCGUCCGUUUCGUGGACAGCGUGCUCGCUAUGCAGGGCGACUCUCCCAUCAACACCUUCUCCCUAAAAUGCAUCACCGGCAUCCAUCCGGACACCGUCAACCGUUGGAUAUGCAACGUCCUGCAACGCGGCGUUUCGGAACUGAGCCUCUUCACUGAUUUCACUUGCGAGGAUACCGAAGAGGAUAGCUACCAGUUGCCUAGAGAGUUGUUCCUUAGUCGCACGCUCGUUAAACUGAAGCUAAGAAGCGAGCAUUGCGUUGAUUGGUGGUGGCCGGGCGGAAUCUGGAGUGAUUCUUUAGCCUUAGGUAUGCUUAAGAGUCUUAGCAUUGACUCUGACUUGAUUUUCUGCGGCGAGGUUGAAGAGUUUAUUCCUUCUUUCACUGCGCUUGAGGAGCUACGGAUGGGUAGCAUGGAGUGGAGAGAGUCGGAUGUGACCGUGUCGAGUUCGACCCUGAGGACGCUGAGUCUCCACGGCACGGGCUGUGAAGAGUUUGUGAAUCCGACUAGUGUUUCUUUUGAUACUCCGAACCUGCGUGUGUUAAGCUACUAUGACUUGGUUGCGGAAGACUAUCCGUUAGUCAAUAUGAAGAAGUUGUGUGAUGCUACGAUCAAUCUUAUACUAACUGAUAAACAGGUUAAGCGACUAAGAGAGCCAGACAAUGAGUUGUUGUUAGAGGAGGAGGAUGAUGAUGAGGGUAAUGUUUUUGUCAACUUUGGUAAUGUGGUGAAGCUCAUGAAUGGGAUACAGAAUGUUCAGAAGCUUUCCUUCACUGCUGAUACUCUCGAGGUGCUUUCUCAAUGCUGUGAUACAAUGCCAGUGUUCAACAACCUCAAGUUCUUAGGCAUUACGAGUGAAGAGGGUCGAGGAUGGCAAGCAAUGCCAGCUCUUCUUAAGAACUGUCCGCGUCUAGAAACUAUAAUCCUUGAGGGUCUGUUACAUUACGAAACUGAUAAGUGUGGGGAUGCUUGUCCCUGCAUAUCUCGGGAAGGCAGAGGUCGUUCACUCAGGGCUUGUCCGGUGAAUAGGUUGGAGAUUCAGGGGUUUCGAGCAACGAUGAAAGAGAUGACCAUGAUAAAGCAUUUCUUGGACUAUUUUCCAGGUUUGAAGAGGCUUGACGUCGUCAUUGAAGACAACGAGCCUACGCAGCUCAGAAACCCGGAGUUGUCUAAAUGUGUCAAGGAGAUGUUCAAUCUCUACAGCAGGCUGUUUCCGAGUUGCAGCGUCGAGCUCAUGGUGAGUGGUUUCUUGCAAAAGAAGUGGCGUGCACAAGGACAUAUCUGAAAAGAACGAAAACUUCGCUUGCUCUUAGUUUUGCGUUUAUUAGACUUCUGCCUCUUUAGUUGGCUUUGUAAACUGUUUGCAAACCAAACCAAUGGCUAAACCGAAUCUGCUUCCAUUGUUUUGCUCUAUCAUCGUCUUUGCCUUUGA